UGGACAUUAAUAUCUGACCAACAAAAGGGUCUCGUAAAUGCUGUGUCAAAAGUACUCCCUUUGGCUGAGCAUAGAAAUUGUGCAAGGCAUAUAUUUAAGAACUGGCACUCUAAAUUUAAAGGUGAUGAGAUAAAAGGUUACUUUUGGGAAGCUGCGAGAUCGUAUAAUGAAGUUGGAUAUAGUGAGGCUUUAGAAAAGCUAGGAAAGAUAUCCAAAUCAGCUGCAGAAGCUUUUGUAGCUCAAAAUCCUAAAUCAUUCUGUAGGGCUUUUCUAAACACACACACGAAAUGUGAUGUCAUUGUGAAUAACAUGGCAGAAACUUUCAAUGGUUACAUUAUCGAAACAAGAUCUAAACAUAUUAUCUACAUGUUAGAGGAUAUACGGACUG